CCGGUCUCCUCUGUCUUUAGGCGAGAGUUCUCAAAAUCCCCCUCAACCCCGUCUGCAUCAGGCAACUCCUCGACCACACCGCUGGCCUCCGCCCUCUCCGCACCGGCGACCUCCCCUCCCCUCCUCUCCCUUCCCUUCCCCCAUAUCGAGAAGGGAGGCCAUGGUGCUCCCGACAUGGCUGGAUCCAUACCAAGCCCGUGGGGUUCCAGCUCGACCUCCUCGCAUCGACCACGGCAGCGGGAUCCGCGGAUGCAUGGACACGGCGGUGCAAGCGCGCAGACGCAACCUUGAGAAGAGAGGAGGUAGGGCGGCCAUGGCGUUCCCGCCGCAGCAGGGUCACUGGCUCCACCACGAGCUCCUCGCAGUUGCCAGUGACGACGGCAGCUCCGAACCCUAGCGAUGCUCCUGCUCGUCUUUCUCCACACCUCUGCUCCUGCCCGUCUUCCUUGGCGCCAUAUUCAGCACCUACAAGAAUGCAACUUCCUCUCCCAUUAUAGGGGAUUGUAACUCCUCAAACCCCCAUCCUUCCUUCCCUUCCACUCUGCUCCGUGAUGCAAAAUUUUCUAUUUUUUUCAUGAUUCACCACUCGCAAUGGAGUUGCAAGCAGGAGGGACAUGGGUCAAGCAUCUGAAGUUGUCAAAUCUUGGUCUGAAGGGAAUGUUAUCUCCUGAGAUUGGACAGCUUAAUAAUAUGCAUUUUCUUAUACUGCACAGGAACUUGUUCUAUGGUAUUAUCCCUAGAGAGAUGGUAGAUUUACGAGAGCUGAAGGUGUUGGAUCUGGGGUACAAUAACUUAAAUGGAUCAAUUCCAUCAGAGCUAAUAAACAUUUUAUCCCUGGAAUUUAUCUUUCUUAAAAGAAACAAACUUUAUGGUGAUUUACCUCUUGAACUAAAUGAGCUCAUCAGUCUGUGUGAGUCUCAGGUUCGGCACGGCAGGACUUUCUCAAAUAGGAUGCCCGCUGCAAGGUUGUGGAAAAACGGAUGUAGCAUUCCUUCUACAAGUUGUCAUGAGCUGGGACAUAGAAGAAGAGAACCGACGAGAAGUUGCACAGCGGUUCGCUCUGGUGUAGCUGCCAAUGGCGUUGUGCAAAGUGUAGAUUGCAGGCUAGAUGCGUACGAGUCCGUCCCUACGUCCACGAUGUCGAAGCAUAGAAAAUCAAGUCAAUUAGAUAAUAUAUCUGGCUAUGAAAGUUGUCUUUUGUGUAUGCAGUUUUGCCAUUAUUUUGUAAAAGCUUUUAGUUUUUAAUAAUGUAAUUGUCUUACUAAUAACACUUUUAAUCAAUUCGUGCCAAGGCUAAUAGCCAAGUUAUGCACAAACUGUUCAUGUUUCUUUAA